GGCCCGCACGAUGCAUUUCUUUCAGUUCCUUGUUUUCUUGGUACUUCGCGUCAACGGGGCGCAGAGGCCCAAGCUGGUCCAUCCUCGGCUCCUCGAGGAACGGUCUGUGGACAGAACUAUGGUGAUGCGCGUGCACGAAAAUUUGACGUUAAACUUGAGGAGAGCGUCAGUGGCGGCGACCACUCUGAGACUCCUUACGGAGGAAAAUGGAAAGACCGUCACGUACUUCUAUGACGGCGAAGAGAUCGAGAGAGACCUCUACGAAGACCCAGAUAAUAUUGCUACAGUAACUGUAACAAGAGACCAUACCGGCGUCCUCGUGAAAGGGCUCGUUGGCCCGAAGCACAGAAUUGAACCAGCGCCAUUCAGGGAAAGAUCAGAAGAUGGCCUCGUUCCUCACGCAAUUCACGAAAUCGAGUUUGAUGAAAUGAUGGACAAGACAGUGAGACCCAGCGACGAAGGUAGAAAUGCAUUCAUCAGCGAACGAGCGGGUCCUGCGCCAGCGACGCCGAUUCCCGAAGAAGUUGAAAUUGAAGUGUUCGUAAUUACAGACAUUCCUCAUCAUAGCCACUUCCCUACUAAUCAGGCACUGUUGGUGUACGUGUGCAUCACGAUUAAUUCAGCAAACCUGAGAUUCCGCGCGGCGACAGCUCCCAGGAUAAGACUGCUGGUUACUGGUGUCGAAAAAAGCCAGUCGGACGAAUUCGUUGUUCUCGAUCCUCAGAACGCGAAGUACAUGCACGACGAUGGAACACUAAAGAAACUCAAGGACUAUGCCAACAAGAAGAAAACCAACUACAGUAAUCCAGAUCUCGUGUACCUCAUGACCAACCGGGACCUGUAUUCGGCCAACUACGGCCUGGGUGCCAUAGGCUUGGCCUUCAUAUCCACCGUUUGCACUGGCUCGUUCGUCGGACUAGGGGAGGACAAACCAGGAAUGUACACCGGCAUCGUCACUAUUACGCACGAACUCGCUCACAUCCUGGGCGCGGAGCAUGAUGGUGAUGCUUCUAGAACAAUCGGGCAUCCUGGUGCCCUGACCUGCCCAUGGGCUGACGGACAUCUCAUGAGCUACAUCGACAAAGGUCCGGAACACCAGCAGUUCUCGGCGUGCAGCUUGGCGCAGAUGCAGUACGUAGUCGGAAAAGCAGGGCCGUCAUGCUGGCAAAUCUCAAGUUCAGGACACGUCGCAAGCGGUUUAUAUCCUGGACUGAUGUUGUCCAAGCAAUCAUUCUGCAGCGAGCUGAUCAAGGAAACAGAUGCCAUCAUUGAAUCCAUCUCUGUGAUUGAAACAACGUGCAUGAUGCGGUGCAAUUAUUAUAAGCUUCAAGAGGCAGUAGUCAACGGAUACCGUUACUACACCAAGAUGAAUUACUUCAAGGAAGGCGCGGCACUUGACUACACAAGUUGUGGUGGCAAUAAGGUGUGCAUCCAAAGCAGGUGCGUCGAGAGGCCGGCCGUAACAAAGAAGACGAAGAAUGCAACGCUGUCACCCAGCACAUCCAUGGCCACGAAGAAACCAGCGACCACGGAAAAGCCAACUGAGAGCCCUGGCGAAUGCAAAUGCGAAUGCCCUUGCGACUGCGGUUCUACAGGAUCCGGCACGAACCCGCGGAGCAAGAGAAAGAACCUCACGACAAAUUGACAAAUGCGCCCGCAUGUAUAACUAGUAUCAACAUGCUGCUCUUCGUAUAGUGGACGGGACUCAUGACCAAAAGAACCGAGAACAAAGAGGAUAAUUUGACGUGCGAAUCAUGGGAACCUGCAUGCUUCUAAGCUAUAAGAGUGUUUUAGAAUGGUGUCAUUUCUGCGUACUCAUCUGCCAAUAAAAUGUUGUGGUAUAUCUA